AUGGAGGGGGGGCAAUUGGCAGAGAGAGAAGAGAGGAAAUGGAAGAUAACGUGGACUUGUUUUACAGAAGAGAUGAAGAAGGUGAGUUUUGUAGCGGCGCCGAUGGUGGCGGUCACGGUGCUACAAUACCUCUUGCAAGUAAUAUCGGUGAUGAUGGUGGGACGCCUUGGUCAGCUUUCGCUGUCUAGUGUUGCCAUUGCUACCUCCCUCACUAAUGUUACUGGCUUCAGCCUUCUUUCAGGGCUGGUUGGAGGCUUGGAAACUCUAUGCGGGCAAGCUUAUGGAGCACAACAAUAUCACAAACUCGGCAUCUACACUUACACUGCCAUAAUCUCUCUCUUUCUGGUUUGUUUCCCAAUCUGCAUGCUAUGGAUUUUCAUGAACAAACUGCUAAUCCUAAUCGGCCAAGACCCUUCAAUCUCACAUGAAUCUCGCAAGUAUUCCCUUUGGCUCAUCCCUGCGCUGUUUGGCUCUGCAAUUCUUAAGCCUUUAGUCAGAUAUCUUCAGUCUCAGAGUUUGAUACUUCCAAUGCUCACAAGCUCAUUUCUUGUUCUAUGCUUCCAUGUCUCUCUGUGUUGGGCAUUCAUAUUCAAGUUGGAGUUGGGAAAUGUUGGUGCAGCUGUGGCCUUCAGUUUAUCCAACUGGUUGUAUGUGAUCUUGAUUGCUGUUUACAUAAAAUACUCAGCCUCCUGCAAAAACACCCUUGUGUCUUUCUCUGUGGAUGCCUUCUUUUGUAUUGGGGAGUUCUUCCGGUUCGCCAUCCCAUCUGCUGUAAUGAUCUGCACUUUGACAUUCGAUAAAUCGAAGGUUUGCAAUAGGAAUUGCUUCUCAUUCCUCAAAAUUCUUGUGAUCAGCCUGACAAUCUCUACAUUGCACUUCACCAUACCUUAUGGGAUUGGCGCUGCAGCAAGUACUCGGGUUUCGAAUGAACUUGGAGCUGGGAAUCCACAUAAGGCACGAGUGGCUGUUUGGGCAGUAAUGUUUCUUGCAAUCACUGAGGCAGUUAUAGUAAGCACAACUUUAUUCUGCUGCCGAUAUGUGUUGGGACGUGCUUACAGCAAUGAAAAGCAAGUGGUGGAUUAUAUUGCUGUUAUGACUCCUCUUAUUUGUCUCUCCAUUGUCACGGACAGCUUACAAGCGGUUAUUUGUGGUAUAGCAAAGGGGUGCGGAUGGCAGCAUAUAGGAGCCUAUGUGAAUCUUGGUGCAUUUUAUUUGGUUGGAAUUCCAGUAGCUGUGGUAUUGGGUUUUGUUCUUAGUUUCAAAGCAAAAGGCCUUUGGAUUGGAAUAGUGAUUGGAUCCACAAUACAAUCAACUAUUCUCUCUCUUAUAACAGGUUUCACAGAUUGGCAAAAGCAGGUCACCAAGGCAAGGGAGAGGGUACUCGGAAGGAGAGCUUUGGAAGAAAAUGAAUUACAUUGA